GUGGCGGGUCGCUCAACCCCAAUGAAGAGACGCUUUCUCGGGAAUGCUGGGAAUGUUGAGUCAGGGAUUGGCGAGGCAGCGAGUCUUCAGGCUCGCGGCUGACUGAAAGGAGCUUCAGUCAAGGGGCGGAAAAACGAGGGCUGGGAAGACGGGCGCCUCUCCUGACUGCAGCAGGUCCUCUCUUCUUCUUUCGCCUCAGACCUGUUCGCCCGCGCCUCCUGUCUCUUCACCCGCAAUGGGCUGGCCGCGAGACGUGAUGUUGUAAAAUCCAUGUGAGGAGGGACGGGACUCGCGAGGCAGAGGCAAUGAUUUGAAAGAUCUUCUGUCUGGAGAAGUCAUUUUAAGGAGUUUGGUAGUCUUCAGGAGGAAUGCUGUGAAACUACUUGUCAACGGUAACACCUGGAACUAGAGCUUAAAUAUCCCAUUUAAGUGUGAUCAAUUUCUUAUUAAGCAGUACCUCACAUUAGAUUAAAAAUGUAUGGAAGUGCAAGAACAAUCAGUAAUUUGGAAGGAAGUCCUGCCAGAUCUCCUCGUUUGCCAAGAUCGCCUCGUCUGGGCCACAGGCGAACAAGUAGUGGGGGAGGUGGGGGGACAGGUAAGACCUUAUCAAUGGAGAACAUCCAGUCACUUAAUGCUGCCUAUGCAACAUCUGGACCAAUGUACCUAAGUGAUCAUGAAGGUGUGGCAUCAACUACUUUCCCAAAGGGCACAAUGACUCUUGGAAGGGCUACAAAUAGAGCUGUAUAUGGUGGUCGAGUUACAGCCAUGGGGAGCAGUCCUAAUAUUGCUUCUGCUGGUCUUUCUCAUUCGGAUCUCCUUUCUUAUACUGAUCAGCAUGGGGGUUUGACAACAUCUUCACAUCAUCACCAUCAUCAGAUCCCUUCUAUGCUGAGGCAGAUAAGGGACAGCACCAUGCUUGAUCUACAAGCUCAGCUUAAGGAGUUGCAGAGAGAGAAUGAUCUUCUAAGAAAGGAACUGGACAUCAAGGACAGCAAGCUUGGCUCUUCCAUGAACAGCAUCAAGACCUUCUGGAGUCCUGAGCUCAAAAAAGAAAGAGUCUUGCGGAAAGAAGAAGCAGCCAGAAUGUCUGUUUUGAAAGAGCAGAUGAGAGUUUCUCAUGAGGAGAACCAGUUUUUGGAUGCCAGGAGAACAAAGCAUCUUCAACUAACGAUUCAGGCACUCCAAGAUGAGCUUCGAACCCAGAGAGACCUUAAUCAUCUCCUCCAACAAGAAAGUGGAAAUCGUGGUGCUGAGCAUUUUACCAUUGAGCUUACAGAGGAGAACUUUCGAAGACUUCAGGCUGAACAUGACAGGCAGGCAAAAGAGUUAUUUCUUUUAAGAAAAACUCUGGAAGAAAUGGAGCUUAGAAUUGAAACACAGAAACAGACACUAAAUGCCAGAGAUGAAUCCAUCAAAAAGUUGUUAGAAAUGUUGCAGAGUAAAGGUUUGCCAUCCAAAGGAAUGGACGAUGACAAUGAAAGAAGUCGAAGGAUGGCAGAGGCUGAAUCUCAGGUUAAUCAUUUAGAAGUGAUUUUAGACCAGAAAGAGAAGGAAAACAUACAUCUUAGAGAGGAACUGCACAGAAGAACCCAACUUCAGCCUGAACCAGCUAAAACGAAAGCUCUUCAGACUGUCAUAGAGAUGAAGGACACAAAAAUAGCUUCACUGGAACGUAAUAUAAGAGACCUUGAAGAUGAAAUACAGAUGUUGAAGACAAAUGGAGUUCUAAACACAGAAGACCGAGAAGAAGAAAUCAAACAAAUAGAAGUUUACAAGAGUCACUCAAAGUUCAUGAAAAAUAAGAUUGACCAGCUGAAGCAGGAGCUUUCAAAGAAAGAGUCAGAACUUCUUGCCUUACAAACUAAGCUUGAAACCCUUAGCAAUCAGAAUUCAGAUUGCAAACAACACAUUGAAGUGCUUAAAGAGUCGCUUACUGCCAAAGAACAGAGAGCUGCCAUACUUCAGACAGAGGUUGAUGCCUUGAGAUUACGUUUAGAAGAGAAAGAAAGUUUCCUUAAUAAAAAAACCAAACAACUGCAAGACCUCACAGAAGAAAAGGGAACUUUGGCUGGAGAAAUUCGAGAUAUGAAAGACAUGUUAGAAGUCAAAGAAAGAAAAAUUAAUGUUCUUCAAAAAAAGAUUGAAAAUCUUCAGGAACAACUUAGAGAUAAAGACAAGCAGCUGACCAACCUGAAAGAUAGAGUGAAAUCAUUACAGACUGAUUCCAGUAACACUGACACUGCUUUAGCAACAUUGGAGGAAGCUCUAUCUGAGAAGGAGAGAAUUAUAGAGCGAUUAAAGGAGCAGAGGGAGAGAGAUGACCGUGAAAGGCUUGAAGAAAUUGAAUCCUUUAAAAAAGAAAACAAAGAUCUGAAGGAAAAAGUUAAUGCUUUGCAAGCAGAGUUGACAGAAAAAGAGUCCAGCUUAAUUGAUCUGAAAGAACAUGCAUCAUCACUGGCUUCAGCAGGGCUGAAAAGAGAUUCGAAAUUAAAAUCUUUAGAAAUAGCCAUAGAGCAAAAGAAGGAGGAAUGCAGUAAGCUGGAAGCACAACUGAAAAAGCAAGCUGAACAGUUGUUCAAUCAGAUGUACAAUCCAAUGCCAAUUAGGAAUAAUGGGAAACAAGGGGCUCAUGAAGCUGAGGAAGAAGCACGGAUGAAUCCUGAAUUUGCAGACAGAAUGAAGCAGCUUGACAAAGAAGCAGCCUAUUACAGGGAUGAAUGUGGCAAAGCUCAAGCUGAAGUUGACAGACUCCUAGAAAUCCUUAAGGAAGUAGAGAAUGAAAAAAAUGACAAAGAUAAGAAAAUUGCUGAACUAGAAAGACAUAUGAAAGAUCAAAACAAGAAGGUGGCCAACCUGAAGCACAAUCAACAAAUAGAAAAGAAGAAGAAUGCUCAGUUGCUAGAAGAAGUUCGUAGACGUGAAGACAAUAUGACGGACAAUUCUCAGCAUUUACAGUUAGAAGAACUAAGAAAUGCACUGGAUAAGACCAGACAAGAACUGGAAGCCACCAAAGCACGCCUUAGCUCAACCCAGCAGUCUCUGGCUGAGAAAGAAGCACAUUUGGCCAAUUUAAGGAUAGAACGAAGAAAACAGCUAGAAGAGAUCCUGGAAAUGAAGCAGGAAGCAUUGCUCGCUGCCAUCAGUGAAAAAGAUGCAAAUAUUGCCUUGCUUGAACUGUCAGCUUCAAAGAAAAAGAAAACACAAGAAGAAGUGAUGGCUUUGAAAAGAGAAAAAGACAGAUUAGUCCAUCAGUUAAAACAGCAGGUCUGUAAAAAUAGGAAACAGCCCCAGAGCAUGAACAUGUCAUCCAUUUGUGAUGCUGACUUCAUGACAGACACUGGUGCCAAGUACCUGGGUUCCCGACAUGAUGCACACAUGCUUCAGACACAGAAUAGAAUGAAACUGAUGGCAGACAACUAUGAUGAUGAUCAUCACCACUACCACCACCAUCACCAUCACCACCACCACAGAUCUCCUGGGAGGACACAGCACACCAAUCACAGACCCUCUCCAGAACAGAUGAUCCAGUCACUGUUGGAGGCACAUUGCCACGGCAAAAUCUCAUGCUGUACAUUGAUCACCUGUCCAACCUUUGCCUAGAGUGUGAUCCCCAGUUCCUUCAAGAGAUCCAACUUUACCUGUCUAUAAAGAAGAGGAGGAGGGAGACAUCUGGGAUAACCAAGCAUCACAGCAUUAACACCAGAGCAGUUAUCAGAGGAGCUGGCGAAAGAAGCAGGGGAAAAAUGAAGCACUGCAGGAUGAUGGAAAAGAGGAAGAUGAGGAUAUUCACUGCAGUGGAACUCUGAUUGCAGUCACCACACUUGGACCACAGCCCCAGAAAGUUCACAGAAACGGUGGGGUGUGUGAAUAUUGCCAUCAAACGUUAUGCUGCAUAAAUGGAUGUCUUCUCCAUUAUUUCUUGUAAUCUAUUACAAAGUCAGAUACUUUGGAAAAUAAUGAUGGGGACUCAGUUGGAAAUUACAAGAACUUCAUUUCCUUUAAUGGGUCAUAUUAAUUGUUCCUUUUAUUUUAACAAUUACAAUCUGUUCUUAACAUUCUUAAUGAAGUUCAUUGAAUUAGGACCUUUAAUUUGAUAGAUUUGUAAUAAUUUUAAUAUGUAAUUCAGGUUCCAUUUGCUGCAAUAUCAUCAUCUGCUGAUUCUGGCUAGUUACUUCUGAGGUAUCAAUUCUUCAAGCAGUAGAUUAUUACAGGUACAAGCAAGCUGUUACAUAAUGGUGUCAGCAUUAAUUGUACCCCCAGUAAUGUGGGCAAUCAGGGUAAUAAAAAUGUAGCCUUUGCCCUCCUCUGUUUCUUAUCUUUACUGUUAAUCAAACCAAUCACAUUUUGAUAGUAUAACCAAUAUUAAGCUCUGGGCCAGGUUGGAAAUGAAAUCAAUUUUUGGUAUUAAUAGUUGUUGGCAUAUGAAAAUAUGGUGUGUGUCUCUGACAAUGCAUGGGGCAUCUAAAUUGAUUAGAAAUUAUUUAUAUGCAGUGGUCGAUGUAUGCCUGGAUGAUAAAAGCUUGAAAAAGCAUGUGUACAUGUGUUCAUAUACAUAUACCUAAGCAUCUGUAAGGAUGUGUCAAACUUUUAUCAUCUAAAUGCACACUGGUAUUUAAUAUAAAAGCUGGGACUCUUACUUUUUUAUUAAAAUAAGAAUGUUGUGAUCUUUCAAUAUAUGCAUUGGGUCUCCUUUAAUAGAAGGAACCACUCAUCAUUGUUUUCUGAAUAGGGAAACAAUACCUACCAUGGUUUAUAAUGUAUUUUAGAUGUUAAACAAAAAUAAAAAUCAGUGACUGACAAGAUAAUUUUUAAUUAUCUAUAUCAACAUGAAAUUCUGAAAAAUAUAAACUUGUUAAAGCACAUGCCAGGGUGAAAUGUCAGAAAAAUAACUGCAGAUGUUAUUUGUAGUGACAGAAUAUUAUUGAUAAUGAAGCUUCUGCUACUUCCCCAAAGUAAAGGUCUUUACUCCUUAGUGAGCAUUUCCAUUAGAUCUGGCAUACAUGUGCAUAUAAGAUUUUUGUUCUUUUACCAGCACAUGUCUUUGUCAAUAGGAAAAGCACUUCUAGACUAAUAAAAAUGGUUAUUGACUACCUGCAGUUCUACAAGACAAAUGAUAUGUGUGCCACACCAAGUACUGCUGUUGUGAAACUUCCUUUCAUUUGAGAAAGAUGUGUGCAGAGAUUUGUUAAAAUGCAUGGAAGUUUCAUUGCAAUUGUUGUUGGUGGAUUGACUUCCCUGCAAAAUUAAACAUGUGUGGCCUUAAUUCUUAGUAAUGUUUUGUUUCUUCGCUGCUGUAGGAAAAAAGAUUCUAAACAGGAUGUUCCUAAAAUCUUGCACUGAAUUUAGAACAAUUUUGUCAUUAUUUUUGAGUAUUUGGUGCAAUUAACCCUGACCAUCUUUAUGAGCCAUACAUAUUAACCCCUGAAAAUUAUUAUUUGUCUAGGACGCAAGUUAUUUAGUUAGCUGCACCAUCAUUCUUCAUUAAAUUAAAGAGCCACUUAAUGCAAGCAGAAUGUCUGCUGGAUGCUAAUUAGAUUCAGUAAAUAGAAUAAAUCUGUAUAAAAUCUGUAUAGCAUAUAUAAUCCAUAUUCAUACAUGUUUCCAAAGUUUGUCUUUUAGCUAUCGAUGGAAUUUUAAACCUUUUGGAUUUUUUUUUAAAUUUGUUUUUCCUUAAAAAAAAAUAAAAGCAAGCUCCUGGGAGUUUCUUUAGCACAUAUGACAAAUGUUGCACUUGUGAACUUGGACAAUAAACUCUUGUUUCUUGUGACAAAUUUGUUGUCCUAGUAAGGGGCAAAUGACUGGACACAAUCAGCCAGGAUGUUCUCCUCCACAAGCACCAUUCAAAUGAAUGGGAAGGGUGCCAGGACACAGCAAGAGCUCUUCUGCAGCUCUCAUUCACCUUACAGGGCUUUGCACAGGAGAAUUUCCUGGUGGGUUGUGCCCUCUGUGUCUCUUACAGUCAGGUCUUUACCUUAAUUCUGCAACUGAAUACUUGAAGUAGGAAAUAAACUAGGAAAACAUAGGGUCCUUACAAGCAAAACUGUAUAGCUAGAUAUUUAUAUAGAUAGAUAGAUAUAUGUGCCAAUUUUGUCACAGAUAUUAUUUGGGGAGCAUUUUUUUUUGCUCCACUCAUGUUGGUAAGAGUAUUGAUCCUAACUUUUAUGAAGGCUAAAGACUUAGCCUCUAUAGAAGAAAAUUUUGUCUAACAUAGCUUUUGCUUUUCUUUCUUUUUCAUUUCACAUGGUAUUCUAUGAUGCUUGGGGAAAAAAAAUCUUUUCAUACAGUAAAAUAGAAUCUCUGGGUUUACAAUAAACACUGUGAUGUCGGAAAAAAAACAUUUUAUUCAAGUAAUGUUUGGUAGUUUUCUUCCCCAUUCACAAUGUUUUAAAAAAAUCAGACAACCCUUUGGUUAACAUUUAAGAUGAAUAUUAUUUUACCGUGGAAUCAAACUUGUACUGCGCAUUCUUUCAUUUAAAUGUACAGAAUGAAUUUUGUAUUUAAAUGAAUUUUGUGUAUCCAGUAUGCACGUAAUUGCACAUUGACUUUCAUUUGAAAGUGGGUUUUGAUUUCCUUUUUAAACUGCGUUUAUGAGAAGACUUCAGAUGUGUCACAAACUAGACUUGCAUUUUCCUUUGUUGUAGAGUGAUUGUUUGAAUGUGAUGUUCUGCAACAAUGGGUCAGUAUUCCCUAUUUAUCUUUGACCCUCAUUUGAUAGUGCUUCUUGUAAUAAUUUUCUUCAAGUGAGUGGCAUGUUCUGGAUUGUGAUCUUGACACGUGAUUAAGGACAUUGAUAUGAAACUAAGGAAUCCUUAGAAAUUCCCAGUGGGCAUGUUUUAGAACAGUCAUUGUAAUUUUUAAUGUCUCGUAGAAGUGUAACGUAUCGAGGUAUUUAGAAUUCAUAACAUUGUUAUCACUGUAUGAGAAGUGCUUGGUGUUGAUCAGCUUGUUUGUAUUCAUCAAAUAAAUCUGGUUUCUUUCUGAAA